UCAAUGGUUGAUGAUGCUUUCUCGGAAAGCUGUGUCCUCCUCCGUGGGAAUGGACGUGGGGCGGGGCUUCCGCUUGGCGAGCAUCUUGAGAAAAUCCAUCGUCUUCUCUCCCCACCUGCCGAAUGUCUCCGCAGCAAGAGGCACAAAGCGGAAGCCGGCAGCUCGAGCGGUUGGCCCAUACUUGUCGAUCUUGUCCUUCUCCGCAAGCUGCGCCGUCUUGCCACCAGGAAGUUGUGCACUGCGCCGGUUGACUGUCCGGUGGAAGGGGAUGGGGGAGUUAUCAGGCCGGCAGGGAUGAGCGAUGGUGACGUCGAGCAGGUAAUCACUACCGUCGAUCACACAGUAGAUGUCCAUGCGCUGGUUGUUGGCGUUGUCGUCGGGUGGGGUGAUACCGAGGCUGUGCAGAGGCACCUCCACAUUGGAAGGAACAUCUGCCUCAGCCACGAGCGAACAAACAAGUUGCGCAUGUUGUUGUGUCUCGUCACCCGCUCACGGCCGGUGUGGCAUAUGUAGAAGUGAUCGCCAAACUUGUCAACCUCCCCAUCGCAGAUGCAUCGCUGCGGGACGGUUGUGCGCGGGAGGCUGAUGCCGAGACACCCGGCGACGGCAUGACGAUACUGGAAGUUGUUCAGUGCCUUGCUAUCGCUGGAAGGGAUCGCUGACAGCCAACCAGACGAGAGAGGCCCUUGGCAGCUCAGGAGACGGGCUCGGGCCCUGCCGUCGGGCGGGACAGAGUUGAAGAGCUCGUUGAAGCGGAACUUGUGCAGUUGAUCGGUCAGGCGCUGCUUCAGGCGGACCUGUGGCCUCGAGACAAGGUCCUGGAGGGAGGGGAGGGAGAAGGAGGGGCCAACCACCUCAGAGACGGCAGUCAGGGCAGGGACUGCUGCUUGAAGCCAGGGCAGAUCCAACAGAGCAGCGAGCCCUCCGUAAGGCAUCCAUGGCGCUCCACGAAAACGGGCGAAGACAUCAGAGGCCGUCACUCCGAUCGAGCUGAGAAAGGCCGCGCGAGCAAUCGUGGUUCUAGAGAUGAGGCCGAAACCCCCUAGCCGAAUGGGAAGCUGAACUUGUGCGGAGACCGAGUCCGUGAAGUCGCCAGGAAAGCGGAACAUGCGCCUGAAUGCCGUAAUAAUAGCGGCGUCAUGUCGCUCGGCGGCUGCCAGGGAGACGUCGGGGUCCGGGGGGAGGAGGCGCAGCCAAUACUCCAACCGGGGGGAUGCACAAUAGCGCAGAAGGAGGCCAGAACCCUGCAGGCCCAUCUGAGCGAAGGUCACGAUUGCCUCGAGCAGCGGCUGAUGGUCGGUGGUGAUCUUCUCGAGGCUGCUCUGGACAAAAGACGCGCCGCCGAGCGGGCAACCGAGGACGGUGAUGCCUUCAAUGGAGCACUUGACGCCAGAGAUGGCGAUGUCUGCCGGAAUGUCAGAGUCUUGUUGCCAGCGGGGGCUCUAUGCUGCGCUCUUGUCUCUCCGCAGCCUCAGCUUCUUCUCGGCCAAAAGCUGCUCUGCUCUGUCAACAUACCGCAUAACACGCGUCUCGUCCAAUCCACCGUCGAUGUCGUCCAUGAACGCACCAACGAAGUCAUCGGGGAAUUCCUCUUGCAGCUUGACAAGGGCUGGCUGAAGGCCCAGGCAGAAGAGGAAAGGGCCCGCCGCGUCGCCUUGCUGGGUGCCCUCCUGACUGAGGAUGGUCUCCAUGCGUCCGUCCUCCAU